GAGUGACUGACUAGUCGAAGCCGCUGAGAUCUAGAGCUCCAAAGUAAUGGAGGGCCAAGAAGAAACCAAGCUCGAACUGUUCCUUCAAUGGUUGCAGGCGAACAUGGUCGAAUUACGUGGUUGCAGUAUCAAAUACUGCGGUCCCAAUAAAGGUUUCGGCAUUUUUUCAUCUGACGACGUCGUUGAAGGGAUUCUACUUGUUGUUCCAUUAGAUUUAGCGAUAACUCCGAUGAGAGUUCUGCAAGAUCCUUCAUUAGGACCGAAAUGCAGAGCAAUGUUCGAAGAAGGAGAAGUAGAUGAUCGGUUCUUGAUGAUUUUGUUGCUAACUGUGGAGCGUCUUCGUAAGAACUCGUCAUGGAAGCCGUACCUCGAUAUGCUCCCGACCACUUUUGGUAAUCCGCUUUGGUUCACUGCUGAUGAGCUACAGGAGCUGAAGGGGACAACAUUGUACCGAGCAACCGAAUUGCAGAAGAAAAAGUUGCAGUUAGUAUAUGACGACAAAGUAAAGAAUUUGGUUAAGGAACUUUUACUUCUUGAUGGGGACUCGGAAAGCGAGGUGCAAUUUGAAGACUUCCUUUGGGCAAACUCUAUCUUUUGGACUCGUGCUUUGAACAUUCCUUUUUCACGUGCAUAUGUAUUUCCUCAAAUGCCUGAAGAACAAGAAAAUUGCUGUUCCAGUGAGACGCAAGUUCAGGAGAAGGCUGAAAAAAGUUGUGGUGUUUCUGGGGUACAGAACAAAACUGGUGAAGAUACAUCACCUUCAACACAAGGAGAGACUGUUUGGGUUGAGGGCCUUGUUCCUGGAAUCGAUUUUUGUAACCAUGAUUUGAAAGCUGCAGCAACAUGGGAAGUUGACGUAACAGGAUUGGUAACUGGAGUUCCUUCAUCUAUGUACCUUUUAUCAGCUGAUCAGAUUCCCUAUCAAAUAGAGAAGGAGAUAUUCAUUAGUUAUGGCAACAAAGGAAAUGAGGAGCUACUGUACCUCUACGGAUUUGUCAUUAAUAAUAACCCAGAUGACUUUCUCAUGGUUCAUUAUCCAGUAGAGGCCUUUCAGAAUGUUCCAUUUACUGAAACCAAAGCACAGCUUCUUGAAACACAGAUGGCUGAAAUGAGGUGUCUUCUACCUAGAAGUUUGCUGGACCGUGGAUUCUUUUCUACACUCCCCCUGCAAGAUGAAGCCAGCGAUAAAUGCCAAAGUGGCUGGGACUGCACAUAUAGUUGGAGUGGUCAGCGCAAGAAGCCCUCUUAUUUGAAUAAGUUAGUUUUCCCUGAGGAAUUUUUAGCUGCCUUACGGACCAUAGCCAUGCAAGAGGAGGAGCUUCUUCAUGUGUCAGCAUUGCUGGAAGAGCUUGGAUGUGGAGAGGAGAGGCAGCCAUCAGCAGCAGAAGUUCAAGCAGCAGUAUGGGAGGCUUGUGGGGAUUCUGGAGCUCUGCAGUUGCUUGUUGAUCUCUUUCAUAUGAAGAUGAUGGAGCUUGAAGAAGGUUCUGGAACGGAGGACUGUGAUACUGAACUGCUUGAAAAGGCCCACGUCAUGGAAAUGCCGGAAGAGUACGUAAGAGAUACAGAAAGCAGAGAUGGAGGGCAGUUGAUGAGUAGGAACAGGUGGUCCAGUAUAGUCUAUCGACGAGGGCAGAAACAGCUCACUCGCCUGUUCCUGAGGGAAGCAGAGAAUGCCCUGCAAUUAUGCUUGAGUGAACAGAGCUAGUGUUGAUGUAUGUAUAGAUAUCUGUCUGUUUUGAAAAAUUC